AUGUCUUCUCGUCCACUCCUCGAAAUCCUACCCGUUGAACUAUGGGAGGCAGUGAUCCAAGACCUGCCCGAUGGGGAGCUGGAGACAUUCGCUGAGGUCUCGCUUGGGCUGAACGAGCUAUGCAUUAUCCACUAUAUGACGCGGAACAACCUCAAGUUUGACGAGCUGUUCCGAAUCUCCCCAGAAAGCUAUCUCAUGCGUGGAUUAGCUCAUUACCGCGAGCUUGGAAUGGAACACUUAACGGUCGACUUUCCUAAAGGAGGGGCAUCGAUGCAGUCAGCGAGUUUGGUUGCGUUACAGAUGGUGCUGGCCAAUGCGAGGCAGCUUCGCACACUGAAGAUCGUGUUUGACAAGAAAGAAUGGCAAAUAAAUCGCGAUUCCGCGUCAAUGAAAGUGCUUUGUCGCGUUCUCUCCCAGGCCGCAAGAAAUGUCGACGGGCCAGUAAUUGUCUACUACCUCCACGCCUUCUUCACGUGUCGACCGCGGGAUAUCGCGCGCUGGGACUUGGCCAAUAUGCGUCUCAACCCGCCGCCGCCACAGAGCGUGUUCAGCUCGGAUGAUUCGGCAGCCCAUUCGACCUGGCAUACGACUACCGUCUGCCACGACGGAACCCGGGUCCGAGUUGCCCAACUGAGGAACAUCCACGCGGUCGACUUCCAAGCGAUACGGACAAGCGCAGGAAAGCCAUGUACUCUGCUCGUGUUCAACGCCGCCUCCAUUGGCGAACUCACGUUGCCAAGCGAGCUCGAGCCUUCUCUGCGGCCAUACUUGGACACUUUCCUCGCCAAUGUAGAGCUUCCAGAGCUGAGAAGACUCGACAUAUCCAUUAGCAAAGUUGACCCGAACGCCAUUCGGAGUCUGCUCGACCGUCACCCGUGUCUUACGAGAGUAGAAUAUACCGCCAAACAGCCGCCUGCGUUACCAAUCACUCUCAGCCACCCCGGACUCCUCGCAAUACACACCCAUUCCGAAGGGAAAGUGCUGUCGGGCGGCCUUGUCGCUGGUCUGGCUCUCUCCCCGCGAUUACGGACCGUCGGAUUCCACUUUGAAGACACCGUCGCUGAUGUAGAGCCGCUUCUCCACGACCUGAAACAGCUUUCCCGACGCACAGUGGUAACCCAGCGUGGAAUCGAGCUCAAUCUUUCCCUCGCAUCGGGCAAGGCUGCCGCUGGCCGGUGGUCACUAUCCGCAUUUAAAUCAGUUGUCCCCUGGGCAGACACCGCUGCGUUCAUCCAAGUUGCGCAUGAUUUGGUCUGCGUGCAGGAUAUUCGGCUUACUCUCGCGUCAGUUGAGGCCGGGCAGCGCAUAUUACCAUGGCUGGCGGCCUUUCCGAAGCUUAUCGAAGUCAGUUUCAAUUUGCUCGUUGGAUGGCAGCGCUCCGAGUUUGCUCAUAUGAAGAGCGACGAGAAGGAGAGGAUCACAGCGCCGUUUCUAAAGGAGGCGAAGGAGAGGUUGAGGAAUGCGCAGUUUGUGUCGGUCAAGGCGAGUUGA